GACUGUUUGCAUUGUUGUUUCCGCCAUCUCAUCCAAAAUGGCGCUUGCUGACCAUUUUCAAUUAUUCUCACUCAAAAGGAAGUACUCUUUAAUGACCACGUUAGCGGUAGUAAGUUCCUUUUUGCAAAUACAAGGUAAACCUCUAGUUUGGGCUUUUAUAUAGUACCUUGUAAAUGUUGGAUUUAUUGAGGCUCUACAACAUUGUUAUCACCAAGGAAUUUAACAAGGCGAGUACCGUUAGCAAAGCAAUUUUAGGUUCUAGAAUAUGUGCUCUCUUUUUCAGCAUUUACGUGGAAUAAGGCACCUUCAGAUCCUGUUUAUGGAAUUCUUGGUGAAAACGUUACUCUGAGAUGGAGUUUCAAAACAGAUGCCUCACACAAGCUUCACUACUUUACGCUGCUUAAAUACGGCAUGGCUGAUAUGAUCAUGUACAGCGAUGUGGCUGAUAAAGUAGUCGUGUAUGAGCCAUACGUAGGAAGUGUUGUACUAGCGAGAAAUGCAACCCCAUCCUUUACUCUUAUCAAUCUGAAAAGUGGUGACGUAGCUAAAUAUUGCUGCAAAGUUAACACAUUAAACGCCAUAGGAGGAUCACAAGGAAAUACCCACUUCAAUUGCACUCAUCUUAAAUUGUUGGGUAAGGUGUUUUCAACGUGCUAUCUUUUCAGACAAAUUGUUUAUAAAUUACUGUAUGAAUCUAAAGGCGGCAAGUGCAACGAUAUAUUUAGGAAUAGCUGGCGUCACUAUUAUAUCUUGAUAUGAACCGUCCAUCGCGCAAAUAUAAAAUAAUAUAAAAAGUCUAAGAGAGCCUUUUGUGCGGGCACCCCGGGAAGGAACAGUGUUGUUAGUUAUCUUACUAAACUGAUAAAUAAUUUUCUACAAUCUUGAGCAACUUGAACAACUCCUCACAGCAAACAAAAGAGCGCCACAUGAGCAGACGUUCAUUUGAGUGAACAGAACUGCUCUUUUUUUCAGCUUAAUACAGCGCUUAUACAGCGUAACUAACAAAUGGCAGGUACUGCUCUUCAAUCUGGUUUUAUUUACGUGAAGGCUUGAAUUAAAUCUUGUUUUAGCUGGUGUGUUGAACUGUUUCGUCCUCAAUUCUUAGUACUCACAUUGCAAUUUUCAGUCUCAACGGUUCUCUGCGUUCGUGAGCAUGUUGUGUUUUUCGCUUUCACUGGGCAAAGGUCAAAUGAAAAAUUAUGGGCUCUGAAGCUGUGGCUAAUAAAAUAUUUUAAAUGUCUUUGUCAACAGACUUCGAUCUCAGUGUCGUCUAAAGAACUCCUGUUUGAAAUCCCGUUUGUUUGAUUGAGUAAUAUAAUAAAAGUGACUUGAUAGCGAAUGCAUGUACCUUAUAGUACUCACUGGCUUGUGUACUUGACAAUUUCAUAAGUUAAACGCGAUGACCAUAAAUUCCACCGAGUAUCGUUUUCAUUGCAACUUCAACUGCGCUGAAAAUAGGUCACCAAGAUUAAAUAUGAGGGUCUGAUUUUACAACCAGUAUUCAAAAUUAGUCAUGGAUUAAAGGCGCUUAAAUUGCUUUCCUAUUUCAGUUGUUUUCCAGACAUGAAUCACUAAAUAAAAAUAACACCGUCAACAGCGCUGUCUUUUUUGGAGCAAUAAUUACACAGCAAAUAGUCCGUACAGAAUUAUGAAGGCCCAACAACUGGGAAUCGCAGACUGAUUAGUCAACCUUUUGAGUACGUAAAAUCGAGAUUUUUUUUAAUCACCGACGAAUCACGCAAGAUCCGAGGAUGUGCACCUCAAGGGGGUUCUUUGAGCAUGUUUUCUGUCUUUAAUUUAGGCUACAUCAAUUCUCAUUUUAACGCUUAUUUUAAUUUGCGUGGCUUCGAGUACAAGUACUCGAUUCUAUUUUAUAUUUCAUGUGGUAUAUUUAAAGUUUUCUGGGUAUUGAUUUUCAGUUAAUUAAAGUAGACUAUGUUAGGUGCUCUUGUGCAAGCAUCAUAAAAAUUCAUUUUAAAAUAUCAGAACAAGUUUCAGAAUUAGGAUGCUAUCCUUUUUCCUAUCCCGAUCGCAUUUUUUGUCAGGAUCCGGGAUUUUAAAGUACAAUCAGGAGAAUCCCGACAAGUCACCAUUACAAUUGAUCACCAUUUAUUCCGAGUGCGCCAUUUUUAGAAAAAAAAAUCGUGAUUUGAUCUGAUGUACUGACGCACGGACCCUGUUCAAUGCUGUACAUAGGUUGUCAGCGUCAAUAUAUGAUAAUGAGUUUAGUGCCAACGGCUUUUUUACUACCUUGUGCUUGCUGCUAAAAUCCUAAAAAGCGAUCAUUUGUAUUUUAGUAUUUUCCCAUUAUUUGUGUGUUUUUCUUUUGUUUUUGCGAAUUCUAGCCCGUCCUUCGAUCACAUCGGCAAUCUCAAGCAAUAGAACAUUAAACGAGACUAAUGAUGUAACCCUGUCGUGUACUGCAAGUGGUAAACCCCCUCCUAAUGUCACGUGGACAAAAGCUGAUGAUGUGGGUAAUGUCCUCAGCUGGAGCUCUUCCCUAGAACUAAAGAAUAUCACCAGGAAACAGAAAGGCUUAUAUAGGUGCACAGCUGACAAUGGACUCGGUAAAGCCGAAUCUUCGGUUAGGAUAGUUGUUCAGUGUAAGUACGUAACUUUGUUAAAGUCUAUAUAGGUGUAAGGUGUUUGGCCAUGAACGUUUGUGUUUGAAUUGGCCGUCGACAACAACACUUAAAGGAGUUCUCAUAGGCAAAAUUUAGUCUUAUUUAUUCGAAGUAUUUAGGAAAGCUGAGGAAUUAAAUAAGAAUGAAUGCAAAACAAGGCAAUCAACAUAUAAUGCUAGCAACUUCCAUUGAUUUCGUGACAUGUAAGUCAAAGAAAUUGUCUACACUGAUUUCUUCGUCGUUUAGGAGACUGAAUUUCAUCGUAAUUGUGUUUUUGCAAUAAUGUCGUUGUUUUUUUUAAAUUAUUCUUUAAAUCUUGCAGUUGCACCAUCGAUCAAAUUGUCUACGACAAGGUACAAUUUCACUGAAGGCACAAACAUGACCCUUCUUUGUGAAAGUGAUGGUUUUCCCGCUCCUAUUGUCACGUGGUCAAAGAUUGGAGGGUUUAGCGAUUUUUCUUAUCCCUCUAGUCAGAGGCUUAUCAUCAGGAAUAUUAACCGAACGGAGGCUGGUACCUACAGGUGCACGGCCUCAAAUGGCAUUGGGAAACCUGCACUCCAUGUAAUGCACGUCAGCGUGUUUUGUAAGUUUACUACCCUAAGUUAUAUCACAAUGGAUACAAAAAUCUUUUAUUUUGAACGGAUGAAUAUCAUUUUCUUCUAACAAUUUUAAAAAUAAAUGGAAAAUAUAAGUGAAUAUUCUUAUAAUAAUACAUAAAUAUAAUUCGGGCCGUUAGCGACACUGACUGUCUCAUGAAGUUCGUAUUAGAUCUUGUACUGCUUAAGUAAAAUUUCCGUGAAAUCUGUACGACAUAUUUCGGCGUCCAUUAGUCAUUUUUAAUCCUUCGUAUAUCGCAUAUGAUCAUCGCCUCCUAACUAAAUUUUAUGAUCUCCCUUAUAAAUUCAUGCAGAUCAAUAUGCAUCCACUGCUAAUGUGAUCUUUACCGUCUUGUAGAUCCUGCAAGUAUUGUCAGAGGACCACUAAGUCAAACAGUGAAUGAAACAACAGACCUCCAUCUUUUCUGUAACGCGACUGGCAAUCCUCAGCCACGUAUCAAGUGGUUCAGAUUCAGAGGACUCAUACGUCUCGAACUCCCAUCAUUUGAUGGCAUCCUCAUUGUGAGAAAUAUCAGUAAAUCCGACUCGGGAAUUUACAAGUGCAUCGCUAUUAAUGGUAUUGGAUAUGAAGCAGAUGCUACGUCCACUGUGACCGUCAACUGUAAGCCUGACUAAUUUCGGCUAUUUACCGUAAAAUUCCGAAAAUAAGCCCCUCCAUGUGUAAGCCCCUCCAAAUGUAAGCCCCCCAAACUGGUAACGCAAAAACCCUCCGUUAAAUCGCCCCUCCAAGUAUAAGCCCCCCGGGGGCUUGUACUUGGAAAAUUGCUCUCAAAUAUAAACUAAAACAAACCAAAAACGUUAAAUUUCCUUCCAACUAUAAGGCUAGCCCAAUCGAUUUUGAAACGCAAAUUUCCCUCCGUAUAUAAGCCCCUCCGAAUAUAAGCCCCUCAAAAAGGGCCUUUGAAAAAUAUAAGCCCCGGGGCUUAUUUUCGGAAUUUUACGGUAUGUUAUGACAGUGCAAGUAAGAGAAGGAAAGAGAAGGGUAAAAGGCGUUAAAAAGAGAGUUAAGAAGGCACGAGAUCUGGAGAAAAAACAUGUUGAGAAAAUGUAAACCGUAGCGAGGCUUUAGAACAAGCAGAAACAGCUUACCAACCAGCAAAAUGGUAGCUAUGAACUUCAAAACAUCUGAUUGUUUUUGCUUUGCAGUUCAAGUUCUAAAUCCACGUCCUAACGCUACUAUGCAUAGUCGUUUUGAUGAACCUUCCCCCUAAAUUAUUUCAAUGACUUUCACUAAUGUUUUGUUUUGGCUUCUAGAUAAACCAAGGACCACGCUUUUGACACCCAACGCAACUAAAGUCAAGGCGAUAGAAGGCCAUCCAGUGACAUUCUACUGUAAAGCGGAUGGUGUGCCUCCCCCAAUACUUGAGUUACAUUUCAAUGGUGUUUUAUUGAGUUAUUUCAUCAAUGGCGAAUAUGUUAUGGAAAAAAUUAACGCUACUGACCAAGGAAAGUACGAAUGUGUAGCACGCAACAUUCUUGGAAUCAGGCGAAUAACAACUUUUCACGUUAAUGUGAUACGUACGUAUGAGUGAAGAGAAGAUAGAUUAUAAGUUUUAAGUGAUUAUUAUUUUGGUUUGUGUCAUCUUUUGAGCACCAUUGGAGCAAUCACCUGGUUGAGCAAGAGGAUAAUGAUUAUGAUGUAGUCCUACAUGUAGCUGAAGCAGUUGCAUGCGUGACUGUCGUAACUGUUCCAGGAAAUUAAUAGAGCCGUAAGAGCUGAUCGGUUAAUUCUUGUUUCGGAGUCAAAUUAUAUUUUUAA